AUGGGCGUGGCGGCCGAGUCUGCGACGUGCAAGGCCCUCGCAGAGCAGCAGUGCGUCUUCAUCAUUGCACUCGGGCGCACAGGAAGCUCCCACCUGCUCCGAUUGCUCAACAGCAUCGACGGGUACAGACUCAGCGGCGAGACAGACAACGCAUGGAUCUAUCUCGGUCGCUUCCUGCAGUGGAGUGGGAAGGAUACCACCCAACGCAGGCACCUGGGAAGGCUGGCUGCCGGGAGGGGUGGCACAAAUUACAGCGAUGCGAUCUGUCACGCGCGACGGAUGAUGACCCUGCUGCACAACCCGCUGCCUCGAGCGAGGGUCUUCGGUUUCAAGGAGAUCUACUCAGACUUGGUGCGGCGGAGCUCUGCCCACUCGGAGAUCUUCAUGCACGGCGUCGAGCAGAUCCGGACACUGUUCCCGCGCGCCAAGUUCAUUUUUCACUGGCGGCGCAACACCUCGCGCAUUGCGGCCUCCGACUUUUGGCAGCUCGAGCGGCAGAGCGCUGUGGCGAGGCGCAAUUUUGAGCGCCUGGUCGGGCGAUUCCGGGAGUACGCAGCGGCGCACCCGGACUACACCUACGAGACGACCCUCGAGGGCAUCACCAACAAGAGCGACCCGCGCCAGCUCGAGGGCCUCUUCCGCUUCCUCGGCGAGACGCUCGUUCCACGGCUGCGCAAGAUGGCUUACCGACGGGGCGGGAUGCGUGAUUGGGUGGAGGAGACGCACACCCGUAAGAUCAAGCGCACCCUCGAGAACGGCUCUGUCGUCUACGACUUUGUGUCCUAUGCGUGGCGGCCUGAGGAGCUGAUGAGGAGGAGGGGCGGUGGCGCAGGCGAUGGCGGCGAGUAG